AUGGCGAAGCUCCCCACAGAGAGAGGCAUGGCAAAGUCAAACUCCCACACGCUUCCUCCGUCGCCCACCCACUCCUCCUCUUCCUCCGAUUUCGAGUUCACCAUCUCCAUCUCUCCCCGCAAGUUCACCUCCGCCGCCCUCUGCCCCGCCGACGACCUCUUCCGUGACGGCCACCUCUUACCCCUCCACCAUCCCUCCCAUCAUCGCUUACCCACCACCACCGUCCCCUCCUCCUCCUCCUCCGCCGCAGCCCGUGACUCCUCCGGUAGCUCCAACGAUUCCCAACAUUCCUUAUUCACCGCCACCGAUUGUGACUCUUCCCGCCCGAGCUCCGUCACCGACGACGAUGACCUCAAGCGAUUUCACAACCCGCUGUUCUAUCCCCUGUCCACUCGAUUCCAAUCCCAUAGAGAGAUUAACAAGAUCAACAAGACCAGCGUGACGAACAAAUACUUAUCAUCUACCUUCUCCAGAUUCUCUUCCGUGUUCAGGAAAGAGCCGGGUAAGACCCGAGAUCCGGAUAACGUAUCUGGAUCGUCGGUGAGACGCGUGAGCGUCACAGCGAGAGAGGUUGUUAGGAAGUAUUUGAAGAAGGUGAAGCCGUUGUACGAGAAGUUUUCGCAGAAGCAUCAGAAUCAGCACAGAACGGAGGCCGGAGUGAAACCAACGUCGUUUUCGUCUCUGUUGGCCAGAACAGAGAGAUCAGCUAUAAAAGAAGCAGAGAAGAAACAAACAGGGUCUGUGAUGCUUUCUCAUUCUUUCUCGGGAAAUCUGAGGCACCUACGGAAGAAGAGAAGCUGCGUUUCGAGCUGCCCUUCGUCGAUGAGAUCCUCACCGACACACUCCGGCGCGCUUUCUCGAAGCGGCGUCGCCGGAGGGAUGUAUCAUGGAAGCUCCAAUGCGUCGACGAUGGAGGAGUUGCAGAGCGCAAUCCAGGGUGCGAUAGCGCACUGUAAGAACUCGUGGAUUCCGGACAAACCGAUGGUCAGUAGCGAAAUAUGA